AUGGCUGUUUUGAAAGUGAAGGGCCGCCGCCGCGGCCGAAGGCAAUGCGUGGGGGCAGUUCGGCGCCACGCAGCGAUGGCGGGCGUGCUGGGCACGCUGAUGUUGCUACCAACAGUACAGGGGCUUUUGCAUGGGGCUGCUGGCCUGCUGCAGGUACCGCCAGCGAUCGUGGCUUGUCUUGGCAUUGCGGUUGCUGGAUGGAAGUCCUUCUUGUGGGGCAAGAGGACGACCAGCUGGCAAGGAUGUUCUGGCGCCAGGCAAAGUUAUGCGGUGCGGGGUGGCGCGGAAAAGCAAGAACAAAGGCAAGAGUGCAAGCUUGAGCGCGGAGAGGAGCAGUUCGAAGGCACAGGCCUUUGCAAUGCGGGCAACACAUGCUACAUGAAUGGCGUCCUACAGGCUCUCUUCCAUUCCAAGCAGUUAUGCCUUAGGCUGCAAACACAUGUUGCGCAGAAAAAGUGCGCGGCCGACUGCGCCACAUGCUUGCUUUGGCAAACCAACGAACUUCGACUCUUUGGCCAAGCGGACCGUGCGACCAUGGAGAUGUGGAAGCCUUUCUUGCAAGCAGCUGGGCUAGGUGGCGGUGAGCAGCAAAGUGCUGCGGACUUUGCCAUGUCGUUGUGCUCCAAGGUAGAGGACACUGUGAAAGGGUGCUUCGGAAUGCAGCUGCUUCGGCAGCAGCGCCACAAGUGCAGCGUGGACACCUGCAGGAGCUACAAUGUCGCGCGCAGCACGGAGAUGACCGAGGCUUGGACAGUUCUCCUUGUUGAGAACACGCAGCGCAGUCGCGCCACUGCACAGGCGCUGAUACAGCGCAAGUUCCAAGGCCAGUUGCUGCCGCAAGCCUUGAGGUGUGAUGCUUGUGGGGGCCAGAAGGACGUUCUUCAAGAGUCCAGGCCUUCGUCAGCGCCAGAGGUCUUGAUUGUAAGUUUCCCUCGAAACGGAAACGGCCACGUGGACCCGCACACAGGGCGAUGGUGCAAGAAUGAGCGCGAGGUGGACUGCACAGGGCCAGUGGAAAUCAACGGCACCUUGUACAGGUUUGUAGCAUUAGUGGAGCAUAUUGCUUUAGAUUGUGGUGAUGCUGAACAGGGGCACUUUGUGACAUGGACCAUGGAGGGUGGUAGCUGGCUCCGGUACGAUGACACUGUGGUGACACGAAUAUCUGCUUUGCCGAAGAAGGUUGCCAAGAGCGUGGUGCUGGCUGUGUACGAGACUUGCGUCGUGACUAGCUUUGCGACAGAGCAGGCUGGGGAGGCACUGCAGUCAACAGCAGGGGUGGACGCAAAAGCGGAGAGCCUUGGCUUGCAGACCUUGCCCUUUGCGGAAACCGCUGAUGGCACCCUGGAGUUCGAAAGGGAUGUGGUCGCUGCCUUGUCCAUCUUCCAAGCCGGUGAGGAUGUAGCUGCGUUUCUCGCGAACCUGCCGGCUUACAGAGCAGUGAUUGCCGGGUUUGAAGCUGAUGAGUUUGGCGGGAAGCAGGCGGUGGAGCUGCAGUACCCGCUGUGGCGGACAAGUUUUUACCCAAUCUUGGUCCUCAUGGAGGCAUGGAGUCGGAGCACUGGCAUGCCGACCGUGUUCUACUACGAUGCUUUCUGUGCGCUUCUAAUGGGUCUGCUCCACAAAGAGAUCUGCGUGGAUGUGGCGGGCUACCCGUGUCGCAGCCGAUACUGGGCCAUUGGCACAGCGCGCCCUGGAAGCGGGAAGAGUCCGGCAGUGGACCCGUUCUUGGACAGCGCUACAGCCAUUGACCGCAAGGCCAAGAAAGAGUCGGCGGAGGACAAGGUUGUGCCGGUCAAAGGUGUACCCUUGCAGAAGACCAACGUAACCUUUGCUUUGCUGCAGCAGCUGUCCGUGUGGCAGAACUGGUGGGUGGCUAGCGAGGUUCGUAGCCAAAUUGGUUUGCCGCAGCGGUGCAUGUUCUCAUUCGGAGCUCUCCGGGAUCCAGGCCCGCCUCGCCUGCAGGGCUUUGAGAAGCAGGUGGUGAUGCCCAUUCUGCGCCGCAUCUUUCAGUCUGUGCUGAAGUCAAUAGGUUGCAAGGCGCCGAUGGCUAUAGAUGCGCCUGCAAGAGAGUGGAAGCUCACGCCGGCUCUGAAGGAGGUGUUCCACGCAUACCGUCUGACCAAGACAACCUUGCCAACGUGGAGUGGCCAGCUGAGCGCGGAGGGGCUGAAGAUGGCCACACUAUGCUUUCAGGGCGUGGAAGCGAUGGGGGAGCUCCUUCGCACCUUGGUGGGCUCAGGGUGGCGCGCAGAGUGGACGCGGCGGUGCGGCCCGCCCUUUCGCAACUUGCCGGCCCCGCUAUGGAAAGAAGGCCCGUAUGAGGAGGUCAUGGCGCUGUUAGCGGAGCGUGGUCUUGGACAAGUGCGUGGGCAAUGCUUCGACAAUGGGCAGGAGCUAGUCUUUGUCAAGUUCGCCUAUUCAGUGUUGCCCAAGGAAGCCAAGGAUUCGCUGAAGGAAAUGGGCGAAACUUUGCUUACCAGCCUCAGGCAGCUUUGCAGCGAGAAGAAGGCGCAGCCGAAGCCGGCUAUUGCUCCAAAGAGGUCAGCGACGACGCCGACUGUAAAAGAAGGAGAGCCGCCUUGCGCGCCAGAGGAGGGCCCAAGCACACCAGCGGAGAGUUGGGCGAUAAUCUUUCACGGGAAGCCGUGCGAUGGCGCAGAUGUGGCAACCUACACAGGCUUGCGGAAGGCAGUGGAGCGUCUUCUUGGACGGCGGAAAGACCAAGGCAUUUACACCUUCCAUGAGAAGCAGUUGAAGAGGGACGGCAAAACGUUGCUGGGGAUCUGCCAGCAAAGUGUGUGCGCCGGCUGCACACGACAGGUGAAGGCAACCCUAACCUUCGAAGAGAAAGGGCCGCUGCUUUGCGUGGAGCAAAAAGGGUGCCAUGGGAAACUGCAGCCCCCGCGCGGCGGCUGCUUGUGGACAUGCGCGGAGGCGUGCGCUUUGGAAGGGCUGGAGGAGAAGCGGCCAAAGGUCACGUCAAAGGAUGUGCGAGAAGCCUCGAAGGCCCAGAACUUGAGCCUACGAUGCAGCAAUACUCAACUGCACAACUUUGUAGUGCGAUUCAACAACGCAGGCCCACCACGCUCUGCCAAGAGCAAGGUGACGUUGAGCGAGCUGCAAAACGCAGCGCUACAGCACACGUGCUACGCGAAAGGCAUCGAGGCCUCGCGCCGCAAAGUGUUUCCUUACGCACGCCCAUGUGAUGACUAUGCUCACAUGCGGCGAGCAACCUACAAGGGCAUGCAGAAGUACUUGCCGGCCAAGAAGACCCCAAAGGUGAAAAUGUGUACCGAGAGCAAGCGCCGUCAACUGCGCAGGACACCCAAGAACAAGGGCAAGAAGCGGGGCGCCUCGUCAAGCCCGGAGAGACCUGCCACGCCGGCUGCAGAUUUGACAAGCACGCCGGACGGGAGCACCUUUGGCUACUGGGAGAAAAUUGUCCAGAUUAGCCGCGAGGUGCCGACUGUGCAAUUGUUCGAUGCGGUCUGGCAAUUGGCCUUCCCGUGGCUACGGAAGAAAAGUGCGCAAGCUGCAGAGUACUUUCAGCACACGUACUUUCAGAAAGAGGAGAAGACUUUCGUGACAUGGCCCGCCCGCUCCGCAGAUGCAUUGUUCAACAGCAAAAGCCUGCGGUCCGCGGGCAGAUCCCCUGCGAGGGAUUUUUGGGAGCAUCGGGAGCCGCGGCUGUGUGGCAAUCUCAACUACCGCCAGGUCUACAUCCGCACUGGGGAAGCAGGCGGAACCGAUGUGGACGGUGUGACAACUUUCUGGGUUCUGCAAAGCAGACUGCAGGGAGGCGUGAUGCCUGCAGAGGCGGUCGUGACGCCGCAAGUGGCCGAGAUGGUCGCAAACCUCAUAGCUUCCGAAGGCUGGAUUGCCAAGGAUGGGGAGUUGGAAUUGAAAGCGUUGCAGAAGUACAUGCAGCAGUACUGCGCAGUGUUGGAGGGGCAUCUUGCACAAGCUUCCUGGCCCCGCGUGCGCCGCAAGCUGAAGAAACCAGUUCCAGGCAAGCUGUGUACAUGCCGUGAGUUCUUGCUACAUGGAGAUUGCGAACAUGUGCUUUAUGUCAAGGCGCUGCAAGAUGACCCCACUGCUGACAUGCGGAACAUUCCAACCCAACGACGCCGGGGACGCAAACGCAAGACCUGGUGA